AUGUCAAAAUAUACUUCGCAACAAGUGAACCCGACUGAACCUGACAUGGCCAAUGUCAAAUAUGAUAUUCAACCUUCAAACAAAACAUUUAAUGAUUUUAUUUUAUCUUAUCCUAGUGGUGCCUAUACAGGUAUGCGUACAGUCAAUAGAGAUGCUAUUGUAGAGCUCAAGACACAUAUGCAACGCAUGACAAAUUCUAUAUCGCAUAUCCAAUUCAAGGGAGAUACAGUUCAGGCAACAGAGAAAGCAGAAAGGGAACUAGCACCCUUUAAAGAUUCUGUCGAAUUUGAACACAAAUUAAUGCCUCUUUUGAAAAAUGGAUUGGAAGCUUAUUACGAGCAUAUAGAUGAAACUACACAUACAGAACACCCUUAUGAAGCCAAAGUAUCUAUUGUACUGACUUAUUCUUUUAAGAAACAACAACCUUGCUUUGCUGCUCAUUUUGCACAUUUAAAAUCAUUCCCCUCUCAUACUCGCGUCAAAGUAGAGAUUGAAAGGAAAGCCAGGAAAUCACCUGAAGUUAAGGAUUCGCAAUGGGUGCGUGAACGACAGGACCUGGAGAAAAAUAAACCAAGAGAUGUAAAUGAAGUGAUUUUGAUGGAUGAUGCAGAUCAACUCUAUGAAGGCAUGGCUUCAAACUUUUUGGCAGUAAAAGACGGGACUGUGUAUUGUGCUUCUUUAGAUCAUAUUUUGCUAGGAUCUAUUUUAAAAAUAGUGAUUGAACUAUGUAAGAAACACAAUAUACCCUUUCAAUGGGAAUUCCCAACAUUGCAAGAUGCUAAACAAGGGAAAUGGGAAGGGUGCUUUGUUACUAGUACUUCGAGAUUAUUGUUACCAAUAGAAACAAUUUAUGUAAAUCAUGAAAGUAUUGAAUUUCCAAAGACAUCUCCUAUCAUUGAGUUCUUAAGGGAACAUGUAGCAAAAGAGAUUUCUAAUACAGCAUGCAAAGUAUUAUAA